UGAAUAGUGGACGAGAACCUUUGAAUGGGACGGAGGGUGUACUUUUUUUAGUACAUGGGCUUAAGUGACGGAUUAGAAAUAGUAGAAAAACUUAUUUGACUCCUUUUCCAUUUUUUAUAAUUGUGUCAUCAAUCUUCAUAAAGGGGCCAACACUAUGGAUUGAUUUGACUCUGAUAUCAUGAGAAUUACUUUAGGAUAGUAAAGUUGUUUAUUCAUUAUGUAACAAAGGUAUAAAUACACAAUCCGUGCACUUGGGCCUUAAACAAGACUACAAGAGCCCUAUGUGAAUAUACAAUAAACCUAGCUAAGCUAAUAGGAAUAAUAAAAAUAAUAAUAUAAAUUAUAUAUACAUAAUAUUCCUUAACACGUAGUUCUGUUACGAGUUGGCUUGUGUUUCUUGGAUACUCUCUGAUAUCUUGGAAAAUCAAGAAACAACAUACAACCUCUCGUUCUUCUGCCAAGGCAGGAUAUCGGUCUAUGGCCUCGGCUACAUCUGAACUCAAAUGGGUUAAAGCGCUCUUGCUUGAUCUCGGUAUCGAUCAUCCUCAAUCUAUGCCGUUGUUUUGUGACAGUAAAUCCGCUCUUCACAUUGUUGAGAACCCGGCUUUUCACAAACUAACUAAACACAUUUAAGUGGAUUGUCAUUAUGUUCGUGAUGAGGUUCAAGAUGGGACAAUAUGCACUUCACAUGUAUCUACUACAAAACAACUUGCCGACAUCUUCACUAGCUAAGAUCUUGGGCGCCGGGUAGUUUCGUUUUCUACUCAGCAAGUUGGACAUUUCUUAUCCGCAUGCUCCAAAUUGAGGGGAGUGUUAAGGAAUAUUAUGUAUAGUUUGUAUUACUAUUUGUAUUGUGAAAGAAUGACAAGAAUAUUAUUUAGGGAGUUUAGAUGGACAAAAAUAUCACUAUUAUUUCUCUAGAAAAACUUAUUUGACUCCUUUUCCAUUUUCCCCGUCCGUCUCUUUGCGCCUUCACCAUACCCACACAGCUUUCCUUCUCUGCGCCUUCUCUUCUCCCCUCCACCGAUCGACGAAGCUCUCCGCCGCCAUAUCCCCAUAGAGCCCCCCUUCUAUUUCUUCAUUUUUCGGUCGGUGGAAGGCAACGACAAUCAAAUACGAAACUGUUCACCAUUUCGGAAUCCAGAUCUAGAAUGGCUAGGGUUUCUUAAUUGGAUUGUGAUGGCUAAUGUUACUGGGAAGGGCGGGGAAGUGGUGCGCGGCGGCUACGGCUGAUUGGGGGUUGAGACGACUAGGUUUUUUCUCACAUGGUGCGGGAAGGGACGGUGGCCGGGGUUUAGGGAAGAGGCAGCGGUGGAGAUGACAGGCCUGGCUGCGAACGGGACUGAAAUUAAAAUGAGGGAUAAGGGAUGGGUUUCCGGCAAGGUCUGGGGGCAGUGUGACAGAGAGGAGGUUGGGGAAGGGGCAGGGGAGGUGGCUGGGAGUGGCAGUGACAGAGAGGAGGUCGGGGAAGGAACUGGAGAGGUGGUUGGGGGUGGCAGUGACAGAGUAGGGGUUAGGCUGAGGGCUGUGGAGGAGGGUCUGUGGAGGUGGAUGGAGGAUGGGGAUGGGCUGGGGAGUCAGGGUAGCUGGGGAGUCACUGCCUACCACAAUGGCGGUCCAGGCGUCCAGCCGGAACAGCCUAAGGGGCCGAGGCUGUCGGACCAGGGGAGGAUGGAUGUAAGGUUUCAGAGUUGGGCUGGACCGUGGGGGGGGGGGGGGGGGGGGGGCAGUGGCGGUGGCCGACCGGAGUAGUGGUCGCGAUCGUGGUGGGGAGGGGCAGUGGGGAGGGUGCAGGUGUGGGGCGAUGCGGCGGUGGGCACCGGGCCAGAUGGCAAUUAGCCACUGGUUUUGGGGUGCUGGGUGGGGAAUGGGCAAGGCGGUCUACGAGUGUCGGACAUACUGGUGUGAUGGUCGUGUUGGCGGCGUGGUAGGUGGCGGCAAGAGAUGGGCACUAGCCGGCCGUGGAGGUCACUAUUUUCCGGAAAAAGUCACCUGAAAAUUUUCCGACGAUCAUAGUGACACGAUUUACGACAACGGUGACGUCCAAAAGUGACACGAAAGUCGGUAGUGACAUUCAAAAGUGACAUAAAAAUCUGGAAGUGACAUAUGAAAGUGACAUAAAAUUUUUGCAGUGACAUCAUGUUUUCCAAAUAUAUGACCUUCUUAGUCACAUUUUUGUUUUUUUUCAAAAGUGGUCACAUUUUUGGUAAUUGACUUUAAAUUAGUACUACCUCAGUCCCAAAUUGUAAGAUAUAUUUACUAUUCACUUGGUCAACAUAAAUCACUUUUAAUCUUUUACUUUAUAUAUCAAAAGUUUAUGAAAUUUGAAUUAGUUUUUGCAGGUUUUGUAGCGG